UCGAUCUCGAUCUCGAUAAAUGUGCACAAUGGUUGAGCUAGUGAGUGAAUGUGUAUGUGUGUGUGUCUCGCGCAGAUUACAAAGAGAGGAAUCUCUACGGAGAGAGCGCGCGCGGCGCCCGCGACCGAACCACCGUAAACAGGCGGGCGAGAGUCCAGUUUCUCAGGACCGAGCAGACUGAACUAUGUUCAUCGCCGACAGAACUUUACAUGCACUCGAGAGGAACACUAUUUUUACACUGCGAAAUGGUGGAUCGAAGCAGCGAUUUGAACACACUCAGCGUGCCAAUGGUCAUGCGUAGAGGUGGCUCGGAGACAUGUUUAGACCUGGCAGUGACAGAACUAGUUGGACGAGACACCCCGCGAUCACGUUUUGGCCAGAACAGCCUGCAGCAGAAAGUUCUCAAGGUGAAAGAGCAGUUGCGAAUAGAGCAAAAUUCGCAGGAUGAGAACGUGGCUGAGUAUCUCAAACUCAUUAACAGCGCCGACAAGCAGCAAAGCAGCCGCAUUAAACAAGUGUUUGAGAAAAAGAACCAGAAAACGGUGCACAAUAUUGCUCAACUACAAAAGAAGCUGGAGCAGUAUCAGCGCAAGAUGAAGGAGUAUGACAUCUCGAAUGGGACCAAACAUACGCCACCACACUCCAAAGACAACAACGGGUUUCCAAAAGACAACUUCAAGGAGAGCAUGGUCACAGGUAGUGGACGGCACCCACAUUUGGAUAAGGUCAAAACGGUUGGCCCGGGAGUCUCGCUGUCACCGCCUUUCUUCUUCAGCAAGUCCAGAGAGAUUGCAAACCUCAUUCGCAACAAGUUCGGCAGUGCAGACAAUAUUGCACACCUGAAGAGCUCUAUGGAGACAGGAAGCGGGCUACAGGUGGAAGCAGGAAGUCGAGCUUUGAGUGGUAGUGCUACGCUAACCUCUAAACUCAAAUACCCCAGCGAUGACGAGUGCUCCUCGGAGACGUCCGUAUCCGUGGAGAGCAAUGGUCAUGUGAGUGGAUCAGGUGCGACAGGGCAGCACAGUGGAUCUGGGAAGGAAGUUGGACAUUGCGACAGCAGCAGCCGGAUGGUGGAGGUCUGGGAGGAGAUCAGGGAAUUGAGGGAUGCUCAGAAUCUAGUGGCUGAAGACAUCGAGAGCCUAAAGACCCAGUUUAAAUGUGAAUUUGAGCAUGUUACGCAAACACUACAGGAGGAGCGCUACAGAUGUGAGCGAUUGGAAGACCAGUUAAACGACCUCACAGAGCUCCAUCAGAACGAGACCGCAAACCUCAAACAAGAGCUAGCUAGCAUUGAGGAGAAGAUGGCCUAUCAGGCCUAUGAACGAGCCAGAGAUAUCCAGGACGCAUUGGAGGUUUGUCAGACGCGAGUGAGCAAGUUAGAGUUGCAGCAACAGCAGCAGCAGGUCUUGCAGUUGGAAAGUGCAGAUGCCAAAGUGCUGCUGGGAAAAUGUAUCAACAUUAUGCUGGCCAUAGUCACAGUGAUACUGGUGUGCGUCUCUACGGCUGCUAAGUUCUCAGCGCCGCUACUACGGAGUCGUCUUCACAUGCUUGGGACUUUUGUAUGUGUGUGUCUACUGGCAUAUAGCUGGAGCAACUGGGAGCAUUUACAGUAUGCCGUAGAACAUAUGCUGCUGCCCAGAUGAGGGUCAGUGGCAUUCUCAUCCUAUAAAGUGCACCUUCAUAGACUUCCCCCUUCACAUUGUUACUGUCGCAGGACAGUGGCUUUAAUAAACACUUUGUUUGUGUGUGUGUGUGUGUGUGUGUGUGUGUGUGUGUGUGAGAGAGAGAGAGAGAGAGAGAGAGAGAGAGAGAGAGAGAGAGUAUUCAUGAUAUACUGUAGCAGAAACGGGUCCAACUCUAUGACUGUAUUGUGUUCGAUUGUGUAUCGAUUAACAUGUUUCUAUUUGUUUGCUGUGUCUUAAGAAAAAGAUUCACACUUUUUACAAUUCUGUUUUAUGUGCCGCUUUUAGUUGGACUUGAUAAGGGGCAACAGCCUGUUUAGGUAAUUCUUACUAAAACAUGUGUGGGUCAUAUUUCUCUCCAGAAAACAUGGACAAUUUUUAAGUUAUAUUUUGUAUAAUAAAAUGGUGCUUUUUUUUUUUUGUGGUCCAUUUCACUUUUGUUUUUUCCAGUGUGGCAUUAUUUUUAAGACAGUUAAGCACAUUUCCACCACAGAUAUUCUCAAUUAAUAUUUUAUUAAAGCAGUAUAAAUUAAAGACAUUCCUAAAACUACUGUUAUGUAUGAAUACUUAACAUUUUCUAUCUUUCUUCUGCAUUAUGGUAACGAUUUUAUUUCCCUCAUUACAGUAAUGAGAAUUAUAAGGAGGAAAUUUGCUAUAUUGUCAGAAAAAUAAUGUCAGAAAACAAAAGUCCUAAUGAUGGGCUUUAUUUUUUAGCUAAAUCAAGCAAAAAAUUUUAUUUUUGGGGCAAAAUAUGACCUGUACAUGACUUUCAAAAGCUGCAAGAUUCAUCAGUUUACUAAGAUAAAAUAUGCUAGGAUUUUUUUGUGCUAUUGAUAAGGCCUGAAGUUCUUUUCACUGGCGCUUUUAAGCAUGAUGCCCAUGUUAAAACAUUGUUAUUCUGCAGUUUGUGCAAUGGUGCCCAGUACAGAGCACCAAAGACAAAAAAAGUUUGUUUGUUUUAUGAUAGAAAUGUGUUGGUGGUUCUAGAAACUAGAACAUGAGAAGGAAACAGAGUAUAUGUAACACGUUAACUAUUAACUGUUCUUAAUGGAAGUUAGAAUGGUUAUGCAUUUUAAUUUGCUUUGUUUAAUCUAUUCUUUCAUGAACCCCACAAUGCAAAGUUAUGUAGGCAUUUUUACACGCUCCCUUUGAGUGUAUUUGACCUGUGGUUUUGACUGAAGAUUUAAUAAACCACAAAAUCUGAGUAUGCACAUGAAUCUAAACUAAGAUUUGGUUAAUAAAUAAGUAAAGAUUUUAAGAUGCCUUUUUAUGCCCAUUUUAGAACUGAAAGGGAGAGAGGAAAUAAAGAGAUCUGAUCCUGGCAGUUUCCCUUUGCAGGAUAAUUUUGUGAAUAAUGUCUUAAUAUUUUUAUCUAACAGCAGAAUGAGUUUUCCUGAUGUAGAGCCUCUGUUAACUUGUUCUCUGCUCUGAGCAUGAGGGCAAAUUGUUUUAUUUGUUUAUACAUGCUACAGUGUUUUCUUGUAAGUCUAUAUGAAAAAUUCUCUAAACUGAAAAAUAAAUGGCCUAAUUUUUCUCUAUUUGUUCAUUGUUUAUUUACCAUCUGGAACAAAAGUUGCU